CUCAAGAGGCUCCACGAGCUCUCGAGUCUCGACGACACACGCAUGUGCACACUUGCCUAGCUAGCUUAGAUCUCUGAACCCUUCCUCCUCCUGACCUCCACGUACGGAAACAAUAUUACUCCUCCUUGCCCAAGCUCUCGCGUUCUGCUGCUUUGAUCCCUUCAACUCCAAAGUUUCAGCUCCCUAUUGAUCUAUCGAUCGAUCGACAAAUCGAUCAGCGGCAUCUUCUCCGCGUGCGGUCGCCGAUGCCUCUGACGCCUCCUGCCGUCGUCCAAGAGCCAUGAGCAACACCAGCAACACCAAGAAGCACAGCCUCCUCGCGCAAAAGGCCACCAUGGACAUGUCUCGCCUGCACCAGGCCUACGACCGCGGCUAGCUUACCUUGCUUGUUGCAGUGCUUGAACGUACACAGCUUUGUCGUCGUCCCUUGUUUCUUGCACAAACAAAACAGUCAUCAGCUAGUCGAUCUAGUGUAUUGUAGUUUCUUGUGUACUUUUAGUACGUAGCAAUGAAGGAAGGAGGCGAGAAGAAGAACAUCCUGGCGAAGACGCUCCAGAGGUGCAGGACAUCGCUGGGGCACAACCUGAGGCGACCGCCGGCUCCCGAGAAAGCGGCAUGGGGCGUGCCGGCGGGGUACUUCACGGUUCUGGUGGGCCCGGAGAAGGAGCGGUUCGCGGUGCGCGCCCGGUGCGCCAACCACUCGCUCUUCCGGGCGCUGCUGGACGAGGCCGAGACCGAGUACGGCUUCGCCGGCUGCGACGGCCCGCUCGAGCUGCCCUGCGCCGUCGACGACUUCAUGGAGGUCAUGUGGGAGAUAGAGCAGGGAGACCCUACCGCGUCGCCGGGGUGCGGGCGCUUCGCCGCCGGUAGUAGGGGGCACCACCUGCAACAGCAAGGGUACCAGAUGAUGAGCCCGGCGAGGUUCCUCGUCGCUGGCCGGUCGUGAUCUUCCAUGCAAUGAUGCAACUCGCUGUACGUCUUCGUCUUCGUCAUGUACCCAGCGGCGGUCUGAAGAAUCUGAUCGUCGGUUGUAGUCGAACACCUUAACGAUCAAACCUCUCGUUGAAAUCUCUUUUAUUUCUCUGGUAUGUAGAUCGACUCUGAGUGCAUGCAGAAGUUAAUUUGUUCACCUGCAUCACUCUCCUUUUUCACCGUGUGUACACGAUCUAUUAAUUGGUCAAUGUCCUAUAUACUCUCAUGCAUGUUCUCUC